UGAAGUUGCGGGGAAUAUUGUUGCACCUAGGGUUGGAUUUGGUUUGGGUUCGGAGUUGCGGCGCGCAGGGGUUUUCGUUAAAGUUGUGAAGGUCGGUGAGAAGGGGAAUGCGGCGGAUUUGUGGUUGGAGAGGGAGAUGAUGAGUGGAGAGGUUGGUUGGUUGGUUUUGGUUUCGGAUGAUCGGGAAUUUGCGGAGAUGUUGAGGAAGGUUAGGGAAGCGAAUUUGAAGACUGUUGUUGUUGGAGAUUAUUGGGAUAGGGAUUUGGGGAAGAAUGCUGAUUUGUGGCUUCCUUGGAAUGUUGUUGCGAAUGGAAAGGUUGAGGGAAUGGGUUUAAUGGGAAGAACAGAGGGUUCGGAUGAUGAAUUGGAAGGAGAUCAGAAUCUGGGCUAUGAUGAAUAUGUAACCGAGGAAGAACUAUUAGAUGAUGAAAGGAUUCAUGUAUUGGUUACAUUUGUUGAAGCUUAUGAGAAACAAAUUGAUCUUGUUUGA